GUCACGUUUAGUUGAAAUUUGUGAAACAUUUCAAUAAUAAUCAUGAUAUGCUCAAAAUUCAUUAGGACUUAUAGAAUAUUCUUAUCGGCGAUCGCACAGUAACGUAAAAAGGACUGUUUAUCCUUGCUGAGAAUGUCGACAACAGCCCAACGAAAACGAGUGGGCGGCGGUUACAAAAACGUCGAGGUGAAAGAAAGGUUUAAAAGGGGAGAAGACCAAAGAUACGACAAAGAUUUCUCUGACAACGAAACAUACGACAGGGAUAGAGAGUUUAGGACCAAUUACAAGCAAGGCACACAAAAACAACGUCAUCAUAAAGGUGGUUCCUCCACUGACGACUCAUUUAGACUUCCGCACAUCGACAAUAAGAACAAUUCACUCGUUUCAAGUCAGUCUCCAAACGAGACUGAUAAUGAAAUAGAGUCGGAAAAGGGCGACUACGGGACGGAAAAGGGAAGUGGUCGGUCGGAAGAACGACGCCAGAUGGAUGCUCCGAUUUUGGAACUUCGAGAGAAGACAUCCGCUAGUCUGCGAAAUAACGGGAAUGCCAAGAAUAGUGGACAUCAGUCGAAACAGUCUGCUGUUUAUGACGCCAACCCAAUUUUACGUUACGUUGACGAGAAUGUGUUUGGCAAGGAUCUCGUCAUUGAGACUCCGUUCGGAAGCAGAAAUGUGGUCUAUUGUGACUACACGGCGUCUGGAAGAUGUCUGCAGUUUAUCGAGGACUACAUCCAGACGAAGGUGAUGCCGACCUACGCCAACACCCAUUCUACGACGGGACACAACGCCCGACAGACCGGAAAAUUCCGAGAGGAAGCAAGGAACAUUAUUAAGAAAUGCGUGAACGCAAACAAUGACGACGUGGCCAUAUUCACCGGAAGUGGGGCCACGGCAGGGAUGCACAAGAUUGCCUGGACUCUUCGUAUAAACACACCAAGGGUCGCCGCUGAAACGGCUGUAUUUAUAGGCCCAUAUGAGCAUCAUUCGAAUAUUUUGUUAUGGAGAGAAUAUGGAACCAAGGUGGUACGAAUUCGUCACGAACCCGAUCAUGGCCAGAUAGACCUUAUCCAACUCCAAGAAGAGUUACAGUUCUGGAAGGAUAAGCGUCGUGUCCUACUGGUGUGCAUGUCUGCGGCCAGCAACGUGACGGGUAUUAUCACAGACGUUGACGCCGUCGCCCGCAUCGCUCACCAGAACGGAGCCCUCGCCAUAUUCGACUACGCCGCAGGAGGUCCCUACCUGAAAAUCGACAUGAAUCCUUCAAAGACCGAAUAUAAGGACGCUGUGAUAUUAAGUCCCCACAAGUUUGUAGGCGGACCAGGAACACCAGGGUUGAUCCUUGCCAAGAAAUGGAUGUUCCGAAACAGCGUGCCCGACAGGGUUGGUGGUGGCACCGUGAGAUUUGUUACGCGUGAUUUGCAUUCGUACGUUGGGAACAUCGAGGAACGUGAGGAGGGAGGAACACCGGCCAUCAUCGAGUCCAUUCGGGCUGGAAUCAUCUUUAAACUGAAGGAGGAAAUCGGAGCAGAUGUCAUACAUGCUAGAGAACUGGAAUUAUGCAAUCGUGCAUUUACGGCCUGGGAGAGCAAUCCGUCUAUCUACGUGAUGGGGAGUCAUACAGCAGACCGCGUGUGUAUCUUCUCCUUCCUGACCAUCAGCCAAGAAACGGGGCGGCUUGUCCACCAUAACUUCAUCUCUACGUUGCUAAGCGACGUGUUUGGAAUACAGGCACGAGGAGGCUGCGCAUGCGCGGGGCCGUAUGCGGAGGACCUUAUGGGGAUCUCAGAACCCAUGGCAAAGAAGUACCUUUGGUUUCUUUCUGAAAAACCUCAACGAAAAGACCCCAACAAGCACGUACAGGAUCCUCUCGAAAUAAUGAAACCAGGAUUUACUCGAGUGAACUUGUCCUAUUUCUUGGACAAUGAGACAGCGGAUUUCAUCAUCGAAGCCGUCAACAUGGUUACCAAACACGGCUGGAAACUGCUUCCGGAGUACUCUUUCGACCCUUUCACCGGCUCAUGGAAACACAAGUCAUUUUCUAACACAAUGGAAAGCCAACUGGAGAGUCUGUCGUCUUUUGAUCCAACGGGAAAUAAAACAUCCGAGCAAACUGGAAAACCAACUGACUACCAGACCGUCUUACAAAAAGCGAGAGAUCUCUUCGAGUCAGCUGACUGCGCGUCCAGGCCUCGGAUCAUGUCCGCUUCCCUCAGUCUUCGGGAUGCUUUACCGCGGGACAAGAGGCGGCUACGCUGGUUUUUGACGCCUCACGACGCUGCGUGUUUGCUUUCAGACAAGGAUGAAGACUAUCUGGACAAGAAACCUUACGACUUGCCGUUUAAGCUUCCAAAUCUCAGGAGCCGGUUCGUUUCUAACCGUUACGAUAGUGACGACGAAGAGGAUGACAACAUUCGGUAUGAUCCACACACACAGACGGACAAACACACUAAACACCGGUCAAGAAGAACGCAUAAAGACGUUGAUAUUUCGCCUGCUCUUUCCAGUAGAUCGGUUCCAGAGAAAAGGAUCACAAAUCCUCAUGAUACUCACCGCGGUAACAAUGGAUACCAGAGGGGAAGAUUGAAUACAAUUCCAUCAAAUGGUUAUUAGAAGCAUCGAUGUACCUUGACUAAAUGGAAAUACAAUCGGAACUCUUUACAUUUAAUAACUACGCGGCUGCAAGUAGAUCGGUUUGUGAUCUUAAUAUAACAGUUAAACCAAAGGACUUUAGCAGUACAAAAAAACACUUUAAAACACUACAAUUAAUUAAUAAUGAUAUUUUGAUUUUUUAGAACUACUUCUACUGAUUUCCGAUGGCAUACAUCCGAGGUUGUUUUCGAUGGAAAAUGGCCGAAGUGUUCCGAAUGAUGGAAAUAUACUAGUAGUAUUAGAAAUCAAAGCACUGUAGGUGCUGAAGUGGUGAUUGUUAAUAAAAUCAUUCAACUUAAAUGAAUAGAAAAUGAACUAUGUAAGGUUGCAACAAACUAGGUUUUUAAGAAGUUUUUAUUAAAACAUGAUACAAUUGUUGAAAAACAUUAGACAGCACGAUAAUAUCCAGACUUUUGCUAUCAUUGUGUUGACACUGCGGCGGUUGGGAUUUUUGUGUGUGUGUUAUUGUUGUUAAUUUAUGCAAUAUUUGAACUGUUUUCAGGGAGUGUUAGGCAUUGAUGCAGCUAUAAUAGCUCUCAGUAAACAGUCUCAGUCCACGCGAGACUGCUAUUUUUAUACUCAUGAUAUUGUUCAUGUUGAAAAAUCUCUCUUCCUUAACAUUUAUAAAAAAAUGCGUGAACGGUUUUUCAUUUUUGACUUGUUUUUUUUAUAUAAACAUUCUGGUGAGACAAUACGACGGCUAUCAUGUUAAAAUACUUUAUUUUAUAAGUAUUUUUUAUUGUUUGAUUUUUUGUUUGUUUUAUUUUUUUGUACAUAGAAAGAUAUACAUUUGUUUAUUUAAAUACGCAAUACUAUUAUAUAGUUAUUUUACAUAUCUGUUUACAAUUAUUCUACGCAUUUCUACAUAAUGUCGAUACUAUUAGAAAAGUAUCCAAUCGCCGUUUUCCGGGCGAAAAAUCACUUGCGAUCUGCCACCCUUCUGUUGGACUUGGUUUGGAACUUGUAUAUACCCCCAAUUUUAUGGGACUUGUUCUUAAUCAUAUCUUCUGGAUGUUGUAUAUGCACAGUCCUUUUUAAUCCAAUUACAUUUCUCUAAUAUUUUACCUGAUAGA